AUGCCGCCGCAGCAGAAGCAGCGGAAGAUGGCGAUUGUCGGCAGCAGGUCUGUCGGCAAAUCCUCCCUCACAGUCCAAUACGUCGACGGGCACUUCGUCGACUCGUACUACCCCACCAUCGAAAACACCUUCAGCAAAGUGAUCCGCUACCGCAACCAAGACUUCGGCGUCGAGAUCAUCGACACGGCGGGGCAGGAUGAAUAUACCAUCCUCAACAGCAAGCACUUUAUCGGCAUCCAUGGGUAUAUGAUUGUGUAUUCGGUCGCGAGCAAGCAGAGCUGGGAGAUGGUGAGGAUUAUUAGGGAUAAGAUUUUGAAUCAUUUGGGCGCCGACACAGUCCCCAUCAUGAUCGUCGCGAACAAAUCCGACCUGCGCCCCGAGCAGCGCCAGGUCAGCCAGGCGGACGGGAAGAAACUCGCCGAAGAGCUGGGCUGCGGGUUCGUGGAGGCCAGCGCGCGGUAUAACGAGAACGUCGGCAAGGCCUUCGAGGGCAUGAUUGGGGAGAUUGAGAAGGGUCAGGAGGCCGGGCAGCCGAAGGAGGGGAACUCGAAGUGUGUGGUCAUGUAA